CACCCCACAGUUCAAUAUCAUCUCUUAUGACUAUAAAAAUAUAGACCUAUCUAGUAGCUAGUAGCCUCUUCACUCGUUAGUACCACAGAAAAGAAAUUAAGAAAAAUAAAAGAAGAGUUCCAACAUGGCUGGCUUUUUUACAGUAGUUGCAACUGUUUUCCUUAUGUUGAUGCUGGUUUUUGCUUCUGGGAUGGUGGCAGAGGCGAGGACUUGCGAAUCGCAGAGUCGCCGAUUCAGGGGGCUGUGCUUCAGUAAGAACAACUGUGGUUCCGUCUGCCAUACUGAGGGCUUUAACGGGGGUCAUUGUCGUGGAUUCCGUCGCCGUUGCUUCUGUACUAGACACUGUUAAAUUAAUUAAUUAAAUUUCUGGAUCGGAGUUCUUGUUGUUAAUUAUAGUCUUGUUGUUAAUUAUAGUGUUUUGCUGUGUAAUAUGAAUUAAUCAGUGUUUUCUCGGUUUGUUCUUGUGCUUGUCAUGAAAUAAGAUCAUCUGAACUCAAGAAACAGAAUUGUUCUGUUCUGUUUUCUAGGAGUUAAUGGUUACUGUUGUUGGCAACUUUUGAUUGCAACCUUCUGUUAGUUAUACUAAUAUUACGCACGCCAUGGCCUUCUUGUA